AUGGGGUGGUUUGGAGGCUCGCCUUCAAGGGUUUCUGCUGUUAGCGAAGUACCUGAAAAGAAAGAACAAACGUUCCUUGAGGACUUACCUCCAAAGUUUGAGGAUAACGAGACAAAGCGUCCAGAUGAGGCUACCUACCUAGCGGCCAUCAACAAGAUCAGUCUUAGUGACUUCACCAUAGAUAACUAUGUCACAAUGCCAUGUUUCAGGGAAGCCAUGCUCACAGGUUUCUCUGCUAUGGGUGUUUUGGGUGUGGUGACACUCUUGAUUCAUAAGAGUCCUGGCAGAUCAGUGAACAUUGGAAUUGGAGGCUUUUUCCUUGGAUCUGUGAUUGGAUUUGAGCAAUGUCGCUCGAUACGAAGAAGAUCUUUCCAGAAUGUUGAGAAGGCUAAGCAGGCCAACCAGGUUAGGAUGCAGAAUAAGAUUGAUGACAGACAAGAGAAUGACGAUGCCUUGGAGAAGUUCAACGAGACUCAGCGGAAGUGA